UGUUAACCGUUUCCUUGUAAGAUGGAGAACGAGAUAUUCACACCCCUCUUGGAGCAGUUCAUGUCUAGCCCUCUUGUCACCUGGGUUAAGACGUUUGGACCGUUAGCUGGAGGAAAUGGGACCAACCUGGAGGAAUAUGUGGCGCUGGUGGAUGGCGUGUUUCUGAACGAAGUCAUGCUGCAAAUUAAUCCAAAGUCUCCUAAUCAGAGGAUAAACAAGAAAGUAAACAAUGAUGCAUCACUAAGGAUUCAAAACCUGUCUAUUUUGGUGAAACAAAUAAAAACUUACUAUCAGGAGAAUUUGCAGCAGCUGAUCAUGAUGUCUUUGCCAAAUGUAUUAAUAAUUGGCAAGAAUCCUUUUUCUGAGCCAGGUACAGAAGAAAUAAAAAAACUCCUUCUGCUUUUACUUGGUUGUGCAGUUCAGUGUCAGAAAAAGGAAGAAUUUAUUGAAAGAAUCCAAGGUCUGGAUUUUGACACUAGAGCAGCUGUUGCAGCCCAUAUUCAAGAGGUAACUCAUAAUCAGGAAAAUGUGUUUGAUCUGCAGUGGAUGGAUGUCAUUGUACUGACACAAGAGUAUGUUGAACCUCUCUUGAAAAAUAUGGCAUUACAUUUAAAAAGGCUUAUAGAUGAAAGAGAUGAGCACUCAGAGACUAUCAUAGAACUCUCAGAAGAGCGGGACUGUCUCCGUUUCCUACCUCACGCAUCAGCAGCACAAUCACCUUGUGGAUCUCCUGGCAUGAAGCGCACUGAAAGCAGACAGCACCUCUCAGUAGAGCUAGCAGAUGCCAAAGCAAAGAUAAGAAGGCUUAGGCAAGAGCUUGAGGAAAAGACUGAGCAGUUGCUUGACUGUAAGCAAGAACUUGAGCAGAUGGAAGCUGAACUAAAGAGACUUCAGCAAGAGAAUAUGAAUUUACUCUCAGAUGCCCGUUCUGCCCGAGUGUAUAGAGAUGAAUUAGAUGCCCUUCGUGAGAAGGCAAUUCGAGUCGACAAGCUUGAAAGUGAAGUCAGCCGCUAUAAAGAGAGGCUGCAUGAUAUUGAGUUCUACAAAGCUAGAGUGGAGGAGUUAAAGGAAGACAAUCAAGUGUUGCUAGAAACAAAGACAAUGUUGGAAGAUCAGUUAGAGGGGACCCGAGCCCGUUCUGAUAAAUUACAUGAGUUAGAAAAAGAGAAUCUACAAUUAAAAGCUAAAUUACACGAUAUGGAGAUGGAGCGUGAUAUGGACAGGAAGAAGAUUGAGGAACUCAUGGAGGAAAAUAUGACUCUAGAAAUGGCCCAGAAACAAAGUAUGGAUGAAUCAUUGCAUCUUGGCUGGGAACUUGAACAGAUAAAUAGGACUACUGAACUCUCUGAAGUGCCACAGAAAUCACUUGGUCAUGAAGUGAAUGAACUGACAUCAAGCAGGUUACUGAAGCUGGAAAUGGAAAACCAAAGUUUGCUGAAGACAGUGGAAGAGCUACAAAGUGCAGUGGGUUCUGUAGAAGGCAGUAGCUCAAGGAUCUUGAAAAUGGAAAAAGAAAACCAAAGACUUAGCAAAAAGCUUGAAGAGCUAGAGAAUGAAAUUAGCCAAGAGAAACAAAGUCUUCAGAACAGUCAAAAUCUGACUAAGGAUUUGAUGAAAGAAAAAGCACAGCUUGAAAAGACACUUGAAGCACUUCGAGAAAACUCAGAGCGACAAGUUAAACUACUAGAACAAGAGAAUGAACACUUGAAUCAAACUGUAGCUUCUCUAAGGCAACGCUCCCAAAUCAGCGCUGAAGCCAGAAUGAAAGAAAUUGAAAAGGAAAAUAAAAUCCUUCACGAGUCCAUUAAAGAAACCAGCAGUAAGUUAAAUAAGAUUGAAUUUGAGAAAAAACAAGUCAGGAAAGAACUGGAGCACUAUAAAGAGAAAGGAGAGAGAGCAGAAGAACUGGAGAAUGAGCUGCAUCAUCUGGAGAAGGAAAAUGAGCUACUACAGAAAAAAAUCACUACCUUAAAAAUCACUUGUGAGAAGAUCGAGGCCUUAGAACAAGAAAACUCAGACCUGGAAAUGGAAAACAGGAAACUGAAAAAGACUUUGGAUAGCCUGAAAAACCUCACUUUUCAAUUGGAAUCCUUAGAAAAGGAGAACUCGCAGCUUGAUGAGGAAAAUCUAGAAUUAAGAAGAACAAUUGAAUCCUUGAAGUGUACAAGCAUUAAAGUGGCACAGUUACAAUUGGAAAACAAGGAGCUGGAGAGUGAAAAGGAGCAACUUAAAAAAAGCCUGGAGCUCAUGAAAGCCUCAUUUAAGAAGACGGAACGCUUGGAAGUCAGCUACCAGGGCCUGGACACAGAAAACCAAAGGCUACAGAAAGCCCUUGAAAACAGCAAUAAGAAGAUUCAGCAAUUAGAAAGUGAACUGCAGGAUUUAGAGUCUGAAAAUCAGACUCUGCAAAAGAACUUGGAAGAAUUAAAGAUCUCCAGUAAGCGCUUAGAGCAGUUGGAAAAGGAGAAUAAGUUGUUAGAGCAAGAGACUUCUCAACUGGAAAAGGAUAAGAAACAGCUAGAAAAGGAAAAUAAGAGGCUUCGCCAACAAGCAGAAAUCAAAGACAGUACUUUAGAAGAGAACAAUGUAAAGAUUAGUAACCUGGAAAGGGAAAAUAAAUCUCUAUUUAAAGAAAUAGUUGUAUAUAAAGAGUCGUGUGUGCGCCUGAAAGAACUAGAAAAAGAGAACAAGGAACUCGUGAAAAGAGCCACCAUUGAUAAGAAAACCCUUGUCACUUUACGAGAGGACUUGGUGAAUGAGAAAUUGAAGACUCAACAAAUGAACAAUGAUUUAGAAAAACUGGCCCACGAACUUGAGAAAAUAGGCUUAAACAAGGAGCGCCUCUUGCAUGAUGAGCAGAGCAGUGAUGACAGGUACAAGCUUUUGGAGUCAAAACUAGAAUCCACACUUAAGAAGUCUCUUGAAAUAAAAGAAGAGAAGAUUGCUGCUCUGGAGGCCCGUUUAGAAGAAUCAACAAAUCUAAACCAGCAGCUCCGUCAGGAACUUAAAACAGUGAAAAAGAACUAUGAAGCUCUGAAGCAAAGACAAGAAGAGGAAAGGAUGGUUCAGAGUUCUCCUCCGAGAAGUGGGGAAGAAAAUCAGUCUGUCAAUAAGUGGGAGAAGGAAAACCAGGAAACUACUAGAGAGUUAUUGAAAGUAAAAGAUAGAUUAAUUGAAGUGGAGAGGAAUAAUGCCACACUGCAGGCAGAGAAGCAAGCACUCAAGACACAAUUAAAGCAGCUUGAGACACAGAACAGCAAUCUGCAGGCUCAGAUUCUUGCACUUCAGAGACAGACUGUUUCUCUACAGGAGCAAAAUACAACUCUACAAACUCAGAAUGCCAAACUGCAGGUUGAAAAUUCCACCCUAAACUCUCAAAGCACAUCUCUUAUGAACCAGAAUGCACAGCUGCUGAUCCAGCAGUCGGCUUUAGAAACUGAGAACGAAUGUGUGCUCAAGGAGCGCGAGGAUCUGAAGUCGCUGUAUGAUUCACUUCUCAAAGACCAUGAGAAACUGGAGCAGCUGCACGAGCGCCAGGCUUCUGAGUACGAAUCUCUGAUUGCCAAGCAUGGGAGCCUGAAAUCUGCACACAAAAACCUGGAGGUGGAGCAUAAGGACUUGGAAGAUAGGUACAACCAGUUGCUGAAACAGAAAGUGCAGCUGGAAGAACUGGAGAAGGUACUCAAGGUAGAACAGGAGAAGAUGCUGCAGCAAAAUGAAAAGCAUGAAACUGUAGCAGCAGAGUAUAAAAAGCUCCGUGAUGAAAAUGAAAGGCUUACUCACACCUACAGUCAGCUCUUGAGAGACAACGAAGUGCUCCAAACUGAUCAUAAGAAUUUGAAAACACUAUUGAACAAUUCCAAACUAGAGCAAACACGAUUAGAAGCUGAGUUUUCCAAGCUCAAAGAACAGUACCAGCAACUGGAUAUUACAUCCACAAAGCUAAAUAAUCAGUGUGAGCUGCUUAGCCAGCUUAAAGGAAAUCUGGAGGAGGAAAACAGACAUCUACUAGAUCAAAUUCAGACAUUAAUGCUACAGAAUAGAACAUUACUUGAGCAGAAUAUGGAAAGCAAGGAUCUCUUCCAUGUAGAGCAAAGGCAGUACAUUGACAAGCUGAAUGAGUUACGGCGACAGAAGGAGAAAUUGGAGGAGAAGAUAAUGGAUCAAUAUAAAUUUUAUGAGCCAUCUCCACCAAGAAGAAGGGGCAACUGGAUCACUCUGAAAAUGAGGAAGCUGAUAAAGUCCAAGAAGGACGUUAACAGAGAGCGCCUCAAGUCCAUGACUCUUACACCCACCCGCUCAGAGUCCAGUGAGGGCUUCCUGCAGCUGCCCCACCAGGACAGUCAGGAUAGCUCCUCUGUGGGCUCCAACUCUCUGGAAGAUGGGCAGACCUUGGGCACCAAAAAGAGUAGCAUGGUUGCACUGAAAAGACUGCCCUUUUUGAGGAACAGACCGAAGGAAAAAGACAAAAUGAAGGCCUUCUACCGUCGCUCCAUGUCCAUGAAUGACCUGGUGCAGUCCAUGGUCCUAGCAGGAGGACAAUGGACAGGUAGUUCUGAGCAUCUGGAGGGUCCUGAUGAUAUAUCUGCGGGUAAAAGGAGGAAGGAAUUGGGAGCUAUGGCCUUCUCUACUACAGCUAUCAACUUUGCAGCUGUCAACUCUUCUGCAGGCUUCAGAUCCAAGCAGUUGCUAAAUAAUAAAGAUACCACAUCCUAUGAAGAUGUAAGUCCCCAAGGUAUUAGUGAUGAUUCUAGUACAGGAUCGAGAGUUCAUGCUUCCAGACCAGCCAGCCUUGAUAGUGGCAGAACAUCCACUAGCAAUAGCAAUAACAAUGCUUCACUCCAUGAAGUCAAAGCAGGUGCAAUUCACAAUCAGAGCAGGCCCCAGAGCCACAGCAGCGGUGAGUUCAGCCUGCUGCACGAGCACGAGGCAUGGUCCAGCAGCAGCAGCAGCCCCAUUCAGUACCUGAGGGGUCACACGAGGUCCAGUCCUGUUCUGCAGCAGAGAACACCCGAGGCGCUGGAUGCUCGUGGCAGGCACCUCAGAACGGGUUCCCCUGGAAGUGAAGUCGUGACCCUGCAGCAGUUUCUGGAAGAGAGCAACAAGAGUACCUCCAGUGAGAUGAAAUCAGCAAGUGAAGAGAAUCUGUUAGAUGAAGUGAUGAGGAGCUUGUCCGAGUCCUCGGAGCUGGCAGGGAAGGAGAAGCUGAGGAAGCAGCCGUCUGCCGGUUGUGGCAUCGUGAGAUCACUGAGUGUCAAAGCCACCAUUGACUUCUCAGACGGACGCUCCCUAAAGCCAGAGCAGCUGGUGAGGCCCAGCCUUCGGAGAAGCGACGAUCCCACCAUCACUAGCUCUCCAGUGAAGUUGACAGGAGGAACCCAAGGGAAGGCCAAAUCCGUUAAGGAGAAGCUCCAGGGGAGCGUUUCCCAGCGCCCAUCCCGUGAUUGCAAUCCCUAUGCCACCUUACCUCGUGCCAGCAGCGUCAUCUCCACGGCAGAAGGGACCACCCGAAGGACAAGCAUUCAUGACUUCUUGUCUAAGGACAGUAGGCAGCCUGUAUCAGUGGAUCCAGCGCCAGCCGCCGCUGACAGGAGCGUUCCAUCGGCCUCUAAUGUGGAAGCUAUCCCAGAAAGCAGAAAUUCAAAAAGCAGGUCUAGGGAGCAACAAAGCUCCUAAUUCUAUUACCCACUACCUGAGCUGUGGGCCAAGUGAGAGAAAAGUGUCCUUCAGUAUCUCAGUAUGAAGCCUUUAUAUCUGAAGUAACAAGACAGCGACUGUAGGAAUCAGUAAUAAGAAUUAAGGGAAUUUUUUACCUUCUUCGUGACUAGAGCAGGCAAGAAAUAAAAACCUACCUACCUUCCUCCUUCCUUCCUUGAAUCAAGGAGCUCUACUGGAGUCUGCUGCCGGAAAAACUUGUAGAUGGUCUUAGGAAUUAUUGCACAUUGCACUGUUAAGAUCUACUGAAUAAAGGACAGUUCUCAUCUCUCCCUAAGGACCAAGGAUUUUAAGGUCUCAAGAAUUUACUCCAGGGGAAAAAAAAAGAGAAAUAAAAAUACUUCUUUCCUCUUCUGUUUAUGAAAUUAGCCACUGAUUUGCUUAAGCUUCUGCUAAUAAUUAGCCAAAAACCCCCCUAACAAGCAGUUUCUCUUCUGUACACCUAAAACGCUGUAGUAUUUUGUUGGAAUUGACUGUAAAUACAGCUCCAAACCCCUCCCCGCUUACUGGCACUUCACUGCCUUACUGGGUUAGUGUAAUCUGCAUGAAAUUGCUCUUUAAAACGUUUCUGCUGAGUUUUGUUGCGUUCUGCAAGGGAAAAAAACCAUGUUUACAAACCUGACAAAGUUCAGUGACGAACACGUGGGAGCCAUGGGAUGAUCGUAUGAUACAGAGAUCGUUUGUCAGUUGUGUUCUUCACAUUCCCACACGUUACUCUGCGAGUGUAUGUUCAGAUGUGCCCGACAGGACAUUGUCGGGUAUGAUUUUUCUAUGCCUUUUCUUUUACUACAAGGCUGUUUUCAACAAGUGGCAUUGCCAGGAUCAAACUGUCUUACGAUGUGUGUGUACUGACUCCUUUUUUUUACUUGUCUGUCCUUUGACAUGAGCUGGUGGUGGCUUUAGGAGGUUUCCUGAUGGCAGAAAAAAGAAAUGUAAAUAAUAUCACCUGCAUUUUACAAUUGGUUCCCCUUAAGGUUAUCUUUUACUAGCAAGAUACAUUUUGUUCAUUAUUGAUUUAUAUUAAAGUCAACGAAUGUUAUUGGUACAUUCAGUGGUUGCAUAUAUUUGUCGUCUUGAAAGCCCGUGGGGAGAGCUCACAGGAUGUGUAUGUGAACUUACAAGCAGAGCCAAAAUGAGUUUACUGUAGUUGUAUUUUACUACAACCCCAUAAGCACACUCAUGCUCCAGUUCUAACGGGUUAACUGUGUAACCUCCUCACAUCCCAUCUUCUGGCAGACGUGCGGGUAACUUCACCUCCAGCUAUCUCCACUCAGCUAAGUGAAGGUAAGCUGAUGUGUUUGCAGGGUUUAGCACUUAUAAAGCCUCGAGCUGUCAAGGACAGUUGGAAUGGAAUUGUUUUCACUGGAGGGAAGAUGCAGUUCAGCAAAUUCAAAGCAUCCUGGCACGUAAUUUAUUUAAUUUUGCUGAGAUUUUGUUAAAAAGGGUAAAAAGAGGAAAGUUGGAGAAGCUUUAAAAGGAGAUUCUCUUGGGUUUUCUUCCUUAAAGCGACUUCCUUCUGAGUUACUUUUGAUGAUAAAAUAUCCUAAAAGAUCCAGAUCUGCACAGAAUGUUCUGGGUUUACAAUAGGAAUACUCAGUUUAGUCUUGGGAUUAUUUUCCCGGAGAGCUUAAACAUUUUUAGUUGUUUUUCUUAAGUGAAAACAGGACCAAUUGCACAGCUCUGCACCCAUAGAAUGUCCAUUCUUCCUCUGCAGAUAUUUCUGGUGUUCCAUUAAAACCACUGGUUUAUUGUGGUGACCAGCUCACACUGGCAUCCAGUUCUGGUCCCCCACUCUCAGUGCCAAGCUUUUCACUGGUUCCAGCAGAAGCGUGGGGUGUUUUGUGGAGUAUCCACACAGAGCUGCAAUCCCAGGAGGAUCUGAAACCUGGAGUGCUCCUGGUAUCUGGCUCCACAGUGGUUGGCUGCUUUUGUUGGAAUCUGGAGCUCUCACAUUGUAACUGGUACAAGGACGUUUUGAGAGGGAUUUGGGUGUCCCAAGCUGCACAGUAACAGCCACGCUGGUUGUAUUCAUGGGAUCCAAGCAGUUGGGUGGGUUCAGGUAGAUCCUCCAGGACUCAUUGGGCAAGAGUGUAUUGCCCUGUGUUGUAGGCAUUUCUCUGUGAGCAGCACAGCUGGGCACACAUAGUCUGCCCUCACCACGUGUGGCUGUGUUAGUUUGGCCCAUGGGCAUCUCCUGAUGGGUCAGUUACUAGCUCAGCUCUUUCCUGUGUUCAUUAAGUUGUCCCAGAUCACCCAUCACAACUUCCACACUUGCUUUCUGCAUGUUGUUACACCUUCCUAAAGGAUGGGUGCAAUCACAGCCAGGGUUACAACUACUCAUUAACUGAUAAUGGGUGUUAGAAAUUAAACCCCCAUCCAAAAACCUACACAAAGUUUACUUGUACAAGAGAAUCAGCCAGAGCCUGGGGGCAGAAUUCCCCCUGCACCCCAGUCCUGGCUCAGGCCUGUCUAUGCCAGUGUAAGGUUUUUACUCACUUCACCUGCAUCAGCACAGAGGCCAGAGUGGGAUUUGCAGUUGUGAUUGCUGAAUUAGCCAAGCCCAGCACCAGAGAUGCACUGGUGUUUGAGAGAUCAGGAUCUGCUUCUCGCAGCACUUUGUUUUGCAGACAUCAUGGAGCAAAGGAGCUGUCAGGAAGCUUUCCAUGCUCUGAGGAGUUCCAGUUGUUUUCUUCUUAAUCUUCCCAGUCUGUGCCCUUCAACUACAAUAAAAAUGUAAAUUUAAUAGGGGAAGACCAGGGCGGCUGUUGGACAGUGUGUGUGCAACAGGGGUACAGACGCUGCUUUCUCCUCAAGCACUGCCAGAUCUGUCACCGCUGGUUCCGGAUCACAAACAGGUUGUAGUGCUGUACAGUGUGUCAGUUUGAUUUGCUUUGCUGAGGGUCUGCAGAGGAUUUAGCAUCAUUCCCAACACGUCUUGUGGCUAUUCCCAAGGCAUGCUGCAGCCCCAGCAAAGGAGGUCAUGUAUGAUUCGUGGAGUUAGAUGAUGAUGAUGUGUGUGUAAAUAAUGCUUUGAUAUUAAUAAAACUGCCUUAAAGGAAUGUACCGAGGUGUGAAACAACACUCAAAAAGCUCUUAUUUAAAUCUGUAAUUUCCUUUACAUACUGAUUUUUUUUAAUGUUUGCCACUGUAAACAUUUAUUAAUGAUGUUAUUAAAAUGCCAAACCAAA